AGCUAUGGUCGGGGCCGUUCCUUCCUGGGGCGCGUCCGCAUGCGGAGCGCGCGCGUGUCCCGGCCGCGCGUGGCGGGGCCGGCGGCGGCAGCGCGCGCGCACUGGCGGGCGGCUCCGGCUCCGUGACGCGGCGCCGAACGGAGCGGGAGGAGCGGGCGGGCCGGGGCGGAGCGGAGUCGUCCGCAAAGCAGCCCCUUCCGGCCGCGGCCGCCAACCCCGGCCCCCGGCCCCGCCUGGCUCUAUGGACAGGAGCUCGCUGCUGCAGCUUAUCCAGGAGCAGCAGCUGGACCCUGAGCACACAGGUUUCAUCGGUGCGGACACCUUCACCGGCCUGGUGCACAGCCAUGAGCUGCCCCUGGACCCGGCCAAGCUGGACAUGCUGGUGGCCUUGGCCCAGAGCAACGAGCGGGGCCAGGUCUGCUACCAGGAGCUGGUGGACCUGAUCAGCAGUAAACGCUCAAGCAGCUUUAAGCGGGCCAUCGCCAACGGACAGAGGGCACUGCCCCGGGACGGGCUACUGGAUGAGCCAGGCCUGGGUGUCUACAAGCGGUUUGUGCGCUACGUUGCCUACGAGAUCCUGCCCCGAGAGGUGGACCGCCACUGGUACUUUUACAGACACCGCAGCUGCCCACCCCCCGUGUUUAUGGCCUCAGUCACCCUUGCCCAGAUCAUCGUGUUCCUGUGCUACGGGGCUCGUCUCAACAAGUGGGUGCUGCAGACCUACCACCCUGAGUACAUGAAGAGUCCCCUCGUGUACCACCCUGGCCACCGUGCUCGAGCCUGGCGCUUCCUCACCUAUAUGUUCAUGCAUGUUGGGCUCCCUGACUGUCUCCAUUACCGACAUGCGGGCCCCUGUGGUGGGGGGCUCUGGUGGGGUCUACGCCCUGUGCUCGGCACACUUGGCCAACGUCGUCAUGAACUGGGCUGGGAUGAGGUGUCCCUACAAGCUGCUGAGGAUGGUGCUGGCCUUGGUGUGCAUGAGUUCCGAGGUGGGCCGGGCCGUGUGGCUCCGCUUUUCCCCACCACUGCCUGCCUCAGGCCCCCAGCCCAGCUUCAUGGCACACCUGGCAGGUGCAGUGGUAGGGGUCAGCAUGGGUCUGACCAUCCUGCGCAGCUAUGAGGAACGCCUGCGGGACCAGUGUGGCUGGUGGGUGGUGCUGCUCGCCUAUGGCACUUUCCUGCUCUUUGCCAUCUUCUGGAACAUCUUCGCCUACGACCUGCUGGGCGCCCACAUCCCUCCACCACCCUGAUGGGCUUCCCAGGGCCACACAGGCCAGGGCACAGGUGUAUGUGGGCCAGCCACCAGGCGAGUCUGCAUGUCUGCCCUCUCUGAAUGUACAUCUCAAGACUGCUUCUCCUCCGUGGGGGCAGGUGGCCCCUGCAACUCACUGAGUCCAGGCCAAGCCUUACAUCAGCCCUGGCUGCCCCUUCCCAGGGCUGGGGAGGUAGGACUGCCUGGCUAGGCAGGGGAGGUCCCCAGGUGUGGCCCCAGAGGAGACCCUGCCCCGGCCUCUCCCCCGUGAUUUGCGGUCUGAGCCUUUUUGGAGAAUGAAUAAAUAUUUUACACUGCAGCAGGUGGCUGUACCGGGGCUCUGGGGGCUGGCCUGGCCUCCCUCCCACUCACUGAACAGACUGCGGAUAUGUGGACAGCCUGAGCUUCCCCUUUCUCCUCUGCACUGGUAUGAGAUGUGUGUGUCUGUGUGUGUGAGAAAGAUGAAUGUGGGGAGAAGUUGGGGUCCUCACAGUCAGGUGUGAGUUCAGCAAGCAUUUACUGAGAUCCCACAGCAGCCAGCCUCCUGCUUGGACAGCCCGCCCUCCAGAGAAACCUGUGGCCUGAGGUUGUGGGCAGGUGAGCAGGCCCUGGGCCACAGCCAAGUUCAGGCAGCCUGCGUUCUGCAUUUCUUGGCUGGCAGUGGUGUCCUCAGGAAUGGCCGGGCUGGGACCAAGGCCGGGCAGCAGAUCAGGGCACAGCUUCUGCCCCACAUGUCCAUACUGCUAUCUCCACAUGGUGAGGGGUCCACAGCCCUGAGGGACUGCCUAGGGAGGGGCAGAGGGAGGCUGGGGCCCGGGGACACUGGCCACUCGAUCCUCCCGUACAGCUCUGCAUACUGCACCCCUGCCUGCCAACGGGGCCCUCACCUCUGCUGAGGGUGUACUGCGACCACUGCGCGGUGGGACACGAAGGCUGCCGCCUCCGGAAUCCCUGCAGCCAGGACUCGUGCCCUACCAGGGUCUGGACAAGCUCGGCGUAGGGCUGCCCUUCCCAGGGACCCCCCAGCGUCAUGGACAUGGCCAUGGGCCCAUUUCACAGGCAAGGACACUAACCGGCCAGGUCCGGCCCGCGAUCUCGCGGGGCGCCCAGCUCUCCCGGCUAAUCCGGUCCGGGGUGAGUUCGGGGGUCACGGGUGGUGGACCUCACCAAGCGGACCCGCACCAGAAGGAAGCUCCGCCCACGCCGCCAGGCCCGGCCCCGCACGUGGGAAGCCCUCACCACCAGCUU